AUGGCUAAGUGUUUAGUCAGGGGCCCCCCAGACUCUUGUAAGUAUAAAGAGGUUUGUAUAGACCCGCAAUACUGUGCGGUAGCCGCCACUAUACAGCCUCGAUACACCUGCGAUACUCACGACUACAAUACGGUGCAAUACGGUACAAUGCCAUUUUUUAGUAAAUUGAGAUCCAACAAACCUGAAGAAAAGAAGUAUAUAUCAGUAGAGGAGUUCCAUAAGCGCAAUAAGGAGUACGAGGAAGCUCAUGAAAAGCGUAAGAACAGCGUGAGCGAAGGCUACAAGGACUGGUCGCGCGAUACACCUACCUCGAGCUCGGCUACAAACGGCUCUGGUGGUUGGAACACACCGUGGUUGUAA